CUCUACCCUGACACUAGUGACAGAAGAUCCCUCCCAGAAUCCUCCGCGCCUCCAUAGCAACACUUCCUGGGGUCGCCCCGGCAAGAUCAGCUGUCCCUAUGAAAGGUAGUGGGGGCCAUAUCUUAUUUUUCUAUGGGACCCUAUGAAUUAUAUUUACGCCUCUGUAGAAGCCCCAAAUGUAAUAAUCCUAAAGGGGUAUUCCACUGAAGAAACACACCGAUUUCCUGCCGUGUUGUGACAGGAAUAGGAGGUGGAUUGCUUUAGGAACCCCGGCACUGUUGGAACGACAGCGGUGGGAGGAAAACAACCAAUCACAGACUCCUUUCUACAAGAUAGACCCCAGAGCUGAUCAUCUAAGGAUGGAGAAGAACAAGAGCGCCAUAAAAGAGCAAAUAUUAAACCUCACACUUGAGAUCCUCUAUAUGCUAACUGGAGAGGCCCAUAUCUAUACUGAGGUCUCUUGCCUCUCUACAGGAUUAUAUUAUUGUGAAGAAGCCAGGUGGACAUGCCACACACAACAACAGACUUCAGGUCGUAGAAGGGAUUUGUAGAACUCUGGGAAAUGUUUUACUGACUCCACCUCACUCUGUGACACCUCAAGAGGACAAUGAACAGAAGAUCCUAGAACUGACCAACAAAAUCAUUGAGCUGCUGACUGGUGAGGUUUCUAUAAGAUGUCAGGAUGUCACUGUCUGUUUCUCAAUGGAGGAGUGGGAAUAUAUAGAAAGACACAAGGAUCUCUACAAAGACAUCCUGAUGGAGAACAGACAAAAUAUUGUAUUACCAGAUGGCCCCGAUUGCAAAAAUAGUAUUUUCCGUAAUUUAACUCCAGAAUAUCUAAAUGGAGAUGACAUAGCUAUGGAAACUGAAUCUGAGACUGAAAGUUUAAAAAUACAUAGCCCUCUAGAUAUACAAACGUUUUCAAGAGAAGUCACUACCGGAAAAAUAUCUGGAUACGAAAAUAGAAAUAUCAGUCAUGUAGAGGAUCUACACUAUUCCUCUAUUCAUAUUAAGGAGGAACCAUGUGAUGUCUCAUGGGAUGGAGCAAAUCUCCCAAAUACUACUGACCCAACUGUUCAAUUUCAUUCUGUUCAUAUUAAGGAGGAACCAGUCUCAGAUGAUGAAGAAAACUCCACAGACUCCAACAUUUAUACACAACAUGCUUAUCUCCAUAGUAUGGAGGGACCAAUCUCAUGUGGUGGACGAGAUCUCACUCUACCCAAUGUUUAUACAUCCACAGAUCCCUCACAGUAUCCAUAUACUCAUAAUAUUCAGGAACCAUUCUCAUGUGAUAGAGGUAAGCUCGCAGAACCCGACAGUUAUAGGCCCACUGACCAUAUGCAUCAGCAUUCAACUAAUUAUAUUAUGGAGGAACCAGCCUCAUCCAACAACGAAGACCACUACGACACCAACUUUAGUACACAGUACCUGCCUGUUCAAAUUAAGGAGGAACCAGUCUCAGGUGAAGAUCAUAUACACAUCAAAACACGCAGAUAUCCUUUGAGACAAUCUACAUCUCCUAUUAAGCAAAGGGGACCAGCCUCACACAAAGGAAGAAAACGCAAAAACCUCAAAAAUACUGUUAAAGAGCCUCCAGUUACAUCAACAGAUUCAGGUGAAACAGAUGUUGAGAAUGAGAAAAACAGUUCUUCUGUCUACUCAGUCCGUCAAAGUGCCAACACAAUGGAGAUUCUGUAUCACUGUCCCAGUUGCCAUAAAGGCUUUUACAGUAACUUGGAUCUUGCUCGACAUCAAGUCAUUCACACCGUAGAUAAAUUCUUUAUAUGUUCCUUAUGUGGGAAAAGCUUCACAGAGAUGUCAUUCCUUGUGAAACACCAGGUCAUUCACACAGACUUGAAGUUGUGUGUGUGCCAGGUGUGCGGAGGAUGUUUCUACAGUGAAACGUCACUCGCAAAACACGAGAAAAGUCACUCGUUACCUAUGUACUGCUCCACGUGUGGCAGGUGCUUUUUCAGUAAGACAGAGUUGGAAAUGCACAAGCGGAAGCACACGGGCGAGAGACCCUACAGCUGUCACAUGUGUGGAAAACAUUUUAUUGCCAAAUCUGUUCUCAACAAACACAUGUUAACACAUACCCAAUCAGAACAGUCUAAAUGAUGUGGGCUUGAGGUCACUAAGGAUAUCCAUCUGGUAAAAACUGAUAGUAUCUUGACUUGGUCCAAUAUUAGUAAGUGAGAUUGUUGAUGUUUAUGUGGGCCAACGAUGAACAAACCACUGGAAUGCACCCCAAUUUUUAUCCUGUCUGAAAUUUUCGUUAAAGGUGUUGUCCAGGACACUUAUAUUGAUGGCCUGUCCUUAGGAUAGUCCAUCGAUAUUAGAUUGGCAGGGUCCAACUUCCAGAACCCCUGCCGAUUUAGAUGUUUAAUAGUAGCUCUGGAAAUAAGUGGCAGAACUACAAAGUUCCAUCCACUGGGCAAUGGCUGGAGCUGGUUACUGCACUGCUUCUCCCAUUGAAGUGAAUGAAAGCAGUAACCACUCCAUCCAGAGAUUUUUAGUACCACCACCUAUCUUCGGCAACAAAGCUACUGCUGAACAGCUGAUUGUCAGGGGUUCUGGAAGUCAGACCCCCACCGAUAUUGAUGUCCUCACCUAAGGAUAGGCCGUCAAUAUUAAAGUCCCGGACAACCCCUUUAACUAAAAUCGUGGGUCUUCAAUUUCAAGUUUAGGUCAGGAGAAAACUACUACUGCAUGGCCUGCUCACCUGUCUCCAUAACUCCGGCCACGGUGGCCACUGCAUAGGAUGCGUAUUCCCAUCUCAGCUAUAAACUGCAGAGAUGGGAUUACCCCUCUAAGACCUCAAGAAAGUUUAACAAGACUGCAUUUGGUUUCCUUUGCUCUGGAAGUAUCCCCAGAUACUGUUGUGUUUGAUGAAGGUCUCUUCUGAGCUCUAUGGCUUUUGUUAGCGUAUGAAUUUGUUGGGAUAAGGUAAAGUCAUUUUAAUUGUAGUUUUGAUAUACGAUACAUAAAUAUAUACUAUUGUACGAUCUGGAGCACGGGGUUGUACUCAUUAUUGCUGUUGGGGCCAGCAGCUCCUCUAACUAUAUAAGAUGUAAUCGGGAAGCUAUAAAAUAUUGCUAUGGUGUCACCAGGUGUUAUACGAGGUAUACAGUAUAAUGCACUACUUACCAGUAUGCAAGUUAGCAUGCUGCAGAUCUUGCCUUCUUCUUGCAUCUCUACCAAUUUUCCACUUCAUCAGGUCUU